AUGAAGUCCAUCCUCAUUCUCCCGGCAGUUGCCGCCUUCGCCGCAGCCCUACCGCAGGACUCCAUUCUCACCGGCGUUGUCCAAGCGACCACUACUCCCUGCACCCUCGACGUCUGCACCAAUCCUGUAUCGGAACCCACGUCCCUCUAUACGCCCACUACCACGCCUUGCACCCUCGAUGUCUGCACCAACCCCGUAUCAGAGCCCACUUCGCUCUACACACCCACGACUACACCAUGCACACUGGACGUCUGCACCAACCCCGUCUCAGAGCCCACUUCGCUCUACACGCCGACCACCACACCUUGCACGCUCGAUGUAUGCACGAACCCUGUCUCAGAGCCAACCUCUCUAUACCACAGCACUACUCCAUCUUCUUCCGUGCACCCCCACCACACUACCGCAUCCUCGUCCGGCAGCAGCAGCAGCAAAUGCACGCUUGACGUCUGCACCAAUCCCGUGUCAGAGCCCACGUCCCUGUACACACCCACCACCACAUCCUGCACACUCGAUGUCUGCACCAACCCCGUCUCCGAGCCAACUUCGCUCUACACCAUCACUUCUGGCAGCGUGGUGCCUCCUCCAAUGACGCCGACCACCAUGCCCACCACCAUCACUCAGGGUGGCAGCACUGUUGUUACCGAGACGGUCGUCACGCCCACGCCGCAUCCCACGCAGUUUGUCGGUGGCGCGGCCGUGGUGCGUGAGGGAGGCUUUAUGGUGGGCGGCUUACUGGCUGGCGUGGCACUGUUGUUGUAG